AUUUGAGAUUAUACGAAUAGUUUUUUUUAUAAAUUUAACGAGCCUUUUAAAAUGAAGCUCGACGGAAGCGUGGCAAUUGUGACAGGCGGUGCUCAGGGUGUUGGUAGAGGUAUCGUAGAAGCUUUGUUGGGAAAAGGCGCCAAGGUUUGCAUCGCUGAUAUAAACAAGGCAACUAGUGAACUCACUGUCAAGGAACUCGCUCAAACAUAUGGUGAUAAGAUAUUCUUUAAAGAGUGUGAUGUGACAAAGGAUGCUGAAAUCAAAGCUGUUUUUGGUGCGGUACAAGAUAUAUUUGGCUCACGGGCUGACAUAAUGGUCAACAACGCAGGAAUUAUCCAUGAGUUCGACUUUGCUCGAUGUGUGGCCAUCAAUCUGGAAGCUCAAAUUCGAUGUACACAUGCUGCUGUUGAAUCGAUGGGAGUUAACAACGGAGGCAAAGGUGGCGUUGUAAUCUUCACAGCAUCUAUUACAGGAGUAAUACCCUUCUCAGGAGCACCAGUGUACGGUGCAACUAAACAUGCAGUGGUCGGAUAUGUUCGAGGUAUAGCUUCAUGUCCAUCUUACAGUCAAUGUGGACUUCGAUUUAAUUGUGUCUGUCCAAGCUUCGUUGAUACACCACUUGUCUCAGAUGCUGAGUUAUUGACGUACUUUGAUGCGGAAUGUCGCGACACAUUCGCCGCAUUGAGAAACUCCGUAGAUAUGUUAAGACCGAGUGAUGUCGGUGUAGGUUGCAUCAAGCUAAUUGAAGACGACACGCUGAAUGGCAAGGCGUUAGUCGUCAACCAUGGGGACACUGGACAUGGCGAUGUCGUUGCAUAUAUAUUUGCAGAGCCACCUACAGACACAAUAAAGUUCUAACAUAUAUUAAAUGUUAUAUUUCUAAAAGUAUCAAACAAACUAUUUUUCGUAUUCGUUCGUAACACCAUCACUGGGACAUAUGUGGCAUCAGACAUGAUGUUUUCAAAAUUUAAUUUUCUCGAAACAGUAUGUAUCAACUUUCGAACUGUGAAACUACCUUUUUGGUGUUCAUCAUAUACUGGAUAUGUGAAAUAUGCUUAACUUGUUCAUGUCUUAACGUACGCGCACAUUUUAUUGGGAUAAAAUGAAAAGACACUC